CACUGCGAACGAUCAAGGGUUUGAUAGCAAAUCGGGCAGCUAUACGCUCAAUACAGCCAGAUUAUCGCACUUAUAUCAAGUUGUAUGAAACAACAAAGCGUGGCAUUGUGAAAAUGUCGAAAUCCGCCGCAACGACAAGCACGUCACGUACUCGUGUGUCUUGUAGAGGUUCGACAAAGCCAAAAAAUGAAUCGGAUCGUACACCGUGUGCGGUUCCGCCCGUAGCUCAAUUACGGCCGUUCAAUUCGGCAUCCGUUAGAGUGAAAGCGCGGUCAGGGCCCUCAAUAAGGCGAAUAGAUCGAAGACCGCUUACUGUUAUUUCUUCGUUAGCUUCCAGCCUUUCUCGGGACAGCAGUAAGACAUUACCACCGCGGACUACUAACGUGAGACAUGUUGCGAUCCCUAAAAUUGUUGAGGAACAUUUCAAGCAGAUUGAUGCCAACAGUAGCGGGCGAAUUAGCCGAUCUGAGCUUCAUGGUGCGAUGAAGAACAUCACUGGGACGGAAUUUAACAAAGAAACGAUCAUUUUACUGUUCGGGAUGUUCGACACAGACGACACAGGUGGUCUCGAUCUAGUCGAAUUCAAUCACCUGUACGACUUCAUGAAUGAGCAGAUGAUGACGUUCUGGAGGCUCGAUGCCCGAAAGCAAGGGUACAUCAUCUAUCAAGAGCUCAUGAAAGCCUUAUCAAUGCUGGGCUACAGAGUUGACGGUCAUUGUGUGAGGGUUCUCACGCGGAAAUUCGGAAGAACUGCUAGAUUUCUUGAGCUGGAUAGUUUCAUUCGUAUCUGCUGUCUGCUCAGAAAACUGACAGAGGCGUUCAAGAGGAAAGAUCGAAGACGCAAGGGCGUUCUUACCCUAACCUAUUACGAUGUAAUGCACAUGUCGCUUUCGGCGUGUUUUUAACUUUCUUUUAUUUACGGUCGGCAAUAAUAAGUGAUUAUGAAGUCGAACGAUUUCCAUCUGACUCGAGACGACGCUUACAGGAUCCCGUUAUUGGGCAGGUGAUAUGGCGCCUUUACUACGGCACAUUAAUGCUAGCUUAGAAAAUUGACGGCACGAUAUAAAAUUUUGUCAUA